AUGAAGAGAAAGGAAGAUAUUGGGAGAGUUCCAAUAAAUAAUAAUGAUCCAAUACUUUCUCAAUCAUUAUUAAUGAAUAAUAGUAGUAUAAUGAUGAAUAGUAGUAGUAUAAUGAUGAAUAAUAGUAAUUUUGCAUUUAAUAAUACAAUAAAUAAUAAUAAUAGUAUGAUGAUGAAUAGGACAAUUAAUUCAUUGGCAUCAAGUGUAAUUAUUCCUUCAAAUACAGAAAAAAGGGAUUACCUUUCAGAAAUUAUAAAGUUUUUAAUAUGUCAUGAAGAAGGUCAUUUCAAUAAUAUUGCAGAAUCAUUUAAUAUGAGUACAAUGUUAAAUAAAACUAUAAAUAAUAAUAAUAAUAAUAAUCACAAAAAUAGUAACAAUAGCGCAGGAAGUACAUCAACAUCACCAAUAUUAAAUAGUAGUUUAUUAAAUUUAAAUGUUAGUAAUAUUGCAUUAAACACAACAUGUACUACAAAUAUAUCACCAACUUUAUCUUCACCAACUACAUCGACAACUACAUCAACACCAUCAACAACUGCAUCAACAGCUACAUCAUCAUCAUCAUCAUCAUUAAAAGGAAAAACCAAUAAAAUAUUCGACUCAUUUAGUUUUUCAAUUGGUGAAAAGUUAUGGUUAAUACAUGUUAUCGAUUCAAUUCAUAAUAAUUUAAAUGGUAUUGUUGAACCACAUGGUGAUAUAUAUAAAGUUAUUUAUAAUUUAAUUAGAUUUAUAUUAGAUAAUGAUACAUUUUUAAAUAAUGGCAGGAAAAAUUCAAGUAAUACUAAUAAAAAUGUUGAUCAACAACAACAACAACAACAACAACAACAAAAUAAAAGAAUUAAAUACAGUAAUAGUAAUAAUCAAUUUGAAAGAUUACCAGUUACAUCUAGUAUACAAUCAAUUCAAGAUGUAUUAAGUAGAGAUAGAAAUCAAACAUCUAAAUCAUCUUUAAAGGAUCAAGAUAAUCAAAUUUUAAGAAUUUUAAUUGGAAAGGUUGGUUCAAUUCAAUCUAAUAAUGCAAAUACAAGUCACAUACUUACAUUACAAGAUUCAACGGGUGAAAUUGUUAUUGAAAUUUGUGAAACUAAAUUUUAUUUAUUGGAUACCAUUGUAUUCAUACCAUUUUUUAAUGUUAUUUGUCCAUCAAAUUUUAGUAAUACUUAUGGUAGCAGUGGUAGUGGUGGUGGCAGUGGUAAUAGUUUAAUAAGUAGAGCAUCUAUUAACAAUAGUAUGUUAAUGUCAACAUCAAUAAGAUCAUCAUUAGGAAAUUAUAGUAUAAUAUCAGGUAUUGGUAAUACAAGAAUCGAUCUAUCGAAAUUGAAUUACCUUGAAAUUGAAAUCAUUUAUAUCAUUCAUAGAUAUAGUGAUCAUUAUUAUGAACAAAUGAUCAACUAUUUCAAAGAGUCAUUAGAGAGACAAAAUCAAAAAGUACCAUCUUAUGAACUCUCUUCAUCACGUAAUCAAAGAUUAGAAAAUUUCAUCAUUGAUCAAUAUUCACCAUUCACUCCAAUUACGAAAUUGAAUCAAUUGGAUAAUCCUCAAAUUGAAUCAAUUAAUAUCUAUGGCAUCAUUUUAUCAAAAUCUGCAAUUUUACAUACUAGACCAUCAAUGAAAGAAUCUCAAAAAGAUACUAUGUUUUUCGUUAGAAUCAAAGAUAUUGGUGGUAUUAGUAGUGGUGGUAGUGGUGGUAGUGGUAGUGGUAAUAAAGAAGAAUCAUCAAUGGGUAAUUGUGAAAUAUUUUUAAUAUUUUUUGAAGAAAGUUUAAGAUGGUUUCAUUUAUUAUCAGUUGGUAGUAAAUUUAUAUUUACAGAUGUAAUGUGUCAAAAUUCAUUAUCGAAUUCUGAAUCAAAAAAGAAUAUAAUUAUAAUUAAACCAACAACAAAUAUUUAUAGUAUAUUGGAUGAAUCAUUCAAUCAUUUAGAGAAGAUCACUUACAAUAAUAAUAAUAAUAAUAAUAAUAAUAAUAAUAAUAAUAAUAAUAAUAAUAAUAAUAAUCCAAUUAAUUGUUCAUCAAGAGUUUUAGAUUAUAAUAGUGAAAUCAUUAAAGAAUUAAAUUACAAUUCUUGCUCAACAAUCUAUGGUAAUGGUUCAAUCAAUUGUAUAGUUACAAUCACUGAGGAGAUGAAUACGAAAUUGGGAACUAUUGGAAUCGAUGCAAAUAAGGGUAAAUUAUUCAUUUCACAUUAUCGUUCUCAUUUAUUCCAUGGUAGAGGUUUAAGAGUUGGUACAAAGAUUGCAUUAUUCGAUGUUCAUCCAAUCUAUAACCCCAAUGGUAAUGGUAAAUUAAUUGGUUUAGGAAUGUGUACUUCAAGUAGUUUUAAAUUUUUAAAAUUUGAUACAACUUCUUUAUUAACUCAUAUUCCAUUCUCAAAAGAUACUUUAAUUGAUACAUCAUCUAUAAAUAAUAAUAAUAAUAAUAAUAAUAAUAGUAAUAAUAAUAAUAAUAAUAAAAAUAAUAAUAGUAAUAAUAAUUAUAUUAAUGGAGAACAACCUUCAUUUAGUGAACUUUGGAGAAAAUAUUCAAUUGUAAAUUCAUAUAUUUUAUCAAUUUUACUAUUAAAACUUGAAAGAAAAUUUCCAAACGUUUUUCAAUCAUUUGAAUCAUUUAAAUUUAAUUUCUCUGGUAAACCACUUUAUGAACAUAUAGCAAAAUUAUUUAAUAUUCCAAAAAUGAUUGAUGAUGGUUUUAGUGGUUAUGAUAAUAUUUUAUGUCAUAAUAUUAAAUGUUCAUUAAAUUAUAAUAAUAAUAAUAAUAAUAGUGAUAACAAGGGAUUAAACUCAACACCAAUUUUACCGACAUUAAUAAAACUAUCACAAUUAUCAAAUUUAAAAUCAGAUAGAUACUCAAGUAAAUUUGAUUACUCUAAAAAGUAUUCAUUAAUUGGUCAAUUGGAAUUAAGUCCACAAGGUUUUGAAUGGGGUAAAAUUUCAUUAACAGACUCAAAUUCAACAGUGGAUUGUUUUAUUACAGAUGUAAAUGAAUAUCAUUUAAAUAAAAUUUGGAAAAUUAAUAGUUUUCAAGUGAACUUUGAAGAAUAUCAAGAAACAUCACAAGAUAAAAUUAAAACUAUAAAUUAUUUACAAUUUUCAAUGAAAGAUUGUGAAUUAUUAUCACCAAUAAUUAAUAAUUUUAAUAAUUCAAAUUUACCAUUUCAAAAUUUAUUUAAUCAAUCUCAAAUUAAUAUAAUUCAAUAUUUUAAAAAUAAUAAUAAUAAUAGUAAUAAUAAUGCAACAACUCAACAAACCAUAUCUACAACUACACAUAACAUAUUUAUAUUAUUGUUAGAGAAAAUCGUUGAGUUAGGAUUAAUUACUUUAAAUGCAAUACUAUUAAUACCAUCAUUACCAAAGAUUAGUAUUCAUACUACUUCAUCUUUAAAAGUUAAUUUCCCAAUUUUACAAGUUGGUCAUUGUUAUUAUCUUAGUGGUGUAUCAUUUAAACCUUCAACAAAUGAUAAUAGUAAUAAUAACAGCAAUGAAAAUGAUACUCCAAUAUGUUCAUCUUCUUUAUCUAAACCGAUUAAAGAUUAUGAUUUUAUUUUAACAACAAAUUCAAUUUUAAAAAGUAUUGCAUUAGUUCAUUAUGUUGAAGAGAAUAAAUUAAUUUUAUUCCCAACAGUUUUGAAAGCUAAAACAGUUAAUCAUUUAGGUAUACCAUUAGUAACAAUAAGUGAUAAAAGCUAUUUUAAGAAUAUUUCAAAGAUUGAUACCACUGGUAAAUUCAUUCAAACCAAAUCUAUCGAGCAAAUUCAUCAAGGUCAAGGUGUUGAUCAAUGCGAUUUCGUUUCAUUUAGAGGUUUAAUAGUUUCAAAAAGAAUUGAAAAAUUACAAAAUACAAUUAUAUUAUCUUCAACAUUACCAAAAGAUAAAACAACCACAACAACCACCACCACCACACCAAAUGUUAAAAUUAAUGAAACUAUAGUUUUACAUUUAACAUGUACUGAUCCGAAUAGUCCUGGUAAACAUUUAAUUCCAAUUUCAAUUGAAAACUUUUAUUGUGGUUUAACAGUUGGCUCUGUUAUUGACUUUUAUUUUUUACAAUGUAAAUCAGUUUGGUCUUUAAAUAAUAAUAAUAAUAAUAAUAAUAAUAAUAAUAAUAAUAAUAAUAAUGAAAAUCCUGAGAAAUCAAAAAUAUUAUGUCAUUCAAAUAGAUUUUUUUAUUAUAAAAUUGUUGAUCAAGAAAUGGAUAUAAAUUUAUUCGAUUUUAUUGAUAACUCAAACUUAUCAAAUAUUAAUAAAAGUUCAUUGGAUCAAUAUUAUAGAGUUUUGGCAGAUAUCGUAUCAAUAGUGAAAUUGGAUUUAUCUUACAAGUGCAAUAAAUGUAAUCAAAUCAUUAAAAAUUCAUAUUCAUCAUCAUUAGUCUCAACUGGUAAUGUGUGUAGUUGUAAAAAUCCUCAAGAUUUCAUUUUUAAUGGUUCUUUAGAAUGUGAAUUAUCUGAUGGUACUACCUUAAAAAAAUUAUUAAUUAAAAGAGAACCAAUAAUUUCAACAAUUUUAGGAUUAUCUUUAGAAAUGAUGAAUAAUAUAAAACUAUAUUCAAUUCAAACAAAACUAUCAUUUAUUUGGGAAAGGAAAUAUAUAUAUUUGAAUAAAAAGAAUACAGUUGAAAAAGACAAUGAGGACGACGAAGGGGAGGAAGAUGACAAUUUAAGUUCAUCAACAACAACAACAACAACAACAGCGACAAACUCUCAAAUUAUUACCAAUACAUCAUUUUCAAAUCAAUUCCCGGUUUUAAAGGAUAUUUUCAAACAAGUUCCACAUUCCUAUAAUAUUAUAGUAAAGAAAAUUGAUAUAGAUGGUAAUUUAUUAAUGUGUUGUCAAGUUGACUAUGUGGAAAGUACUGAACAAUCUUGGAAACUUUUAAAUUCUUUAAAAUGA